GCUAUCACCUGCUACCACAUUGUGGCGGGGUGAUGUGUACAAGUUAGAUUGUACGUGUACACGAUCGAUCGAGUGGACUGUUUCUUUCUUUCAUCAGCCGGCCGACGUCGUGUCAGACAGCUCAGCAAUGAAUGGAACUCAUGAGAACAGCUCUGGGACCAAGCGAUCACAUGAGCCAGACGAUGGUGUUGAUAUGACCUCCGUUGACCUCUCACCUCCACCAGCCGUCAAGAAACGCAGCGACUACCUCUCAUGGGAGGAGUACUUCAUGUCCGUCGCCUUCUUGUCAGCCCAGAGGAGCAAGGACCCAAGCUCACAGGUCGGAGCAUGUAUUGUGAAUGAUGAGAUGAAGAUUGUGGGCAUUGGUUACAACGGAAUGCCCAACGGAUGUAGUGAUGACGAGCUGCCAUGGGAACGUGAGGCUGAUGACAGACUUGACACAAAAUAUCCUUAUGUUUGUCAUGCCGAGAUGAAUGCCAUUCUUAAUAAGAACGCCUCGACGGUGAAGGGAUGUACAAUAUACGUUGGUUUGUUCCCAUGCAACGAGUGUGCCAAGCUCAUCAUCCAGAGUGGCCUAAAGGCGGUGGUCUUUGUAAGUGACAAGUAUCAUGACAAACCUGACAUGAGAGCCUCUAGGAAGCUACUUGACAUGGCUAAAGUUAAAUGCAGGCAGUUCAUACCGACCUCUCCGUCCAUCUCCAUUGACUUCAAAAGCAUUGAACAAUCUCUCUAUGAUAUCAAGACAUCAGACGCUGACCUCUCAGUAUGUGAUAACUGAAACUUUCAUACGCCGACAGUUUUAUCAUUAUUAAUUAUUGUCAAUAAAAGUAUUUCUGAACUAAAGUCUAUUUGCGUUGAGUUCGACCACGGAA